UUCUACUACUUAAGUUGCGAUCAAUCUUAAUUUUAUAAGCCUCUAUCUCCCUCUCACCCUCUGGUCUGUUCCUUCACUCUGCUCUCAAUUCUAUCAUCUCAUCAGGUCCAGAUCAAAGCUUCGACAAAACCAUGGCUGAAAAGAAAGUCACAAUAAUGGUGAUCAAGGUUGACCUUGAAUGUGAGAAAUGCCACAAGAAAAUCAAGAAAGUACUGUGUAGAAUCCCUCAAAUUCAGAACCAGAUAUAUGACAAGAAGGCAGGCACAGUGACCAUCACUGUGGUAUGUUGCAGUCCUGAAAAGAUCAAGGAAAAGAUAAUCUGUCAAGGAGGUGAAGCUGUCCAGAGCAUUGAGAUCAAGGUUCCAGAGAAACCCAAAGAACCACCAUCUAAACCUAAAGAACCGGAAAAGCCGAAAGAACCUGAAAAGCCUAAGCAACCGGAGAAUCCCAAAGAACCGGAGAAGCCCAAAGAACCAGAGAAACCCAAAGAACCAGAGAAACCCAAAGAACCAGAGAAACCGGCACCAGUCCACCGAAGGACAUGUUGUGCUGAAUGCUACCAUGGGAUUAGUGGAGGCCCAUGUUAUCAUGACUAUAGGAGGCCAGCACCCUUCCUAAUCCCAGCUCUAAUCCCGGCACCACCACCUAAAGCUCCGGAACCAGUCCACCCAAGGACAUGUUGUGAUGAAUGCUACCAUGGGAUUAGUGGAGGCCCGUGUUAUCAUGACUAUAGGAGGCCAGCACCCGCCCCAAUCCCAGCUCCAAACCCGACACCUCCACCACCACCACCACCACCACCUAAAGCUCCGGAACCAGUCCACCCAAGGACAUGUUGUGAUGAAUGCUACCAUGGGAUUAGUGGAGGCCCGUGUUAUCAUGACAAUGCUAGGCCAGCACCCCCAUGUUAUGAAGCUUAUGGAAGGCCAGUGUAUGAUAGUUGGGCUGGCAGCGGCGGCGGCUGUGGUUGCCAAAGAAGCGGUUACUAUGUGUGCAGAUGUGAAUAUGUCUGUGAAGAUAAUCCCUCGUCAUGCACAAUCAUGUGAAAGCAUCUAGAAUGUCGAUAUUGCUUUAAGCAUUUGGUCAGUAGUAUUGUGUCGAUCUGACCAAAAUAAACAAUAGCAUUACUUAUGCUCAUGUCAUAACCUUGUCUAGCUAGCUAGUUGUCUAUGUUGAAAUGUUGAGGUCAGUUUUGGCUGCAAUUUAUUGGGUCUUCUUCCUUCGUUAUAAAUAUUUUAUGUGAUACAAUAAGGUUGGUGAUCAUGUGGGAACAAUAUUUUAUUACAAGAGAUGUUAAGAUUUUUAAUAAAUUAAUAUAGGGGAUUUUAAAGCUUCCAUAA